AAGCGCGGCACGAGACUAAUAUCGAAAUCGACCAAGACCUCCGCGAAUACCGUCGUCACUCCACCGAAAGCCGCCAUCGCUGCUCCAAAUGCGAGAAAAGACGAAGUACACCGACGCAAAUACCCCUUCAAUGAUAUGCUGAAGCGCAAAAGUGGAGGUGUGGUAGAUCUCCCGAGCGAUACCGCACCUUCAGGGCCCAGCAAUGAGUUCAUCAACAGACCAGAGAUGCUGCCACCAGGCGAUGAUGCUACGCGGAUAUCACAUAGAGUCGCGGACCUCGAAAGAGCUCUGGCGAUCGCGAGAGAAGAGCAGGAGAUGGCCAGAGAAGACUUGUCGAGACUGAGACAUUCUAGACAAGCGGAUCAGGACACAAUCGAGGAACUCAGGCAGCAACUUGCUGAGAAGAGCUCGAAUACGGGUGGAGCCCCGGUUGGCGGGUCGAGUGGCCUCCAAAGAGACACUGGAGUGCCGGGACACUUAGGGAAUGGGAGGGAAGAUGCUUUGCGCCAGAACUCAGAUUUGCGCUACCGAGUCGCGCAACUCGAAGAACAGCUCGAAGAACAACUCGCAUCGCAUGACGGAUUGUAUCCACGCAGCCUUGACCGACCGCAGUCAAGAGGGGAGGCAGACGACUUGCGACUACGCCUCCAUGCCGCCGAAAAAGAGUCGCAAGAGAGGCUCCAGCAGCUUCUGGCGCUGAAGUCAAGCAUAUCUUCGCUCACGCGUACGGAUUCGCAGAUCACGGACAGCGAGCUCGCAGAAUCGUUCUCCCAACUUGCAAAUCGCGUGCGAGAAUGGACUCUUGCCUUGUACCAAGCCGUAGUCUCGACAUCACUUAUGCAAAUCUUUGACAAUUCGAUCGUGUUUGGGUUGCCUAGCACAGGUCCAUUGGGGGCGCUGCGACAGUUUGCUGAGCGCACACAACACCUUGGUACCGCACAUCGAGAAUGGGUGCGUGCUACGGUACAAGUCCUUGAGCGCAGCGAAGCGAAUGAGGAAAUCCAAAAAGAGAGCGAAGCCUCGAUACAUCGACUUGCUGGAGAGAUUAGCCAUAUACUCUUCACGCUGACUUCUGUGAGCCUUGCGCCCAACGCACAGUCAACGUUGGCCGGCAUGUUGAAAGACGCAGUGUACCUGCAACGAACACUCGCCCUGCAAAAAGCGCGUUACAAGCUACUCUUCUUUCGCCGCCAAGACGACAAUAUGCAGUUCGAUGACCGUACCAUGGAAACUGUGAACGACGUUGAUCCUGCCAUGGAAGAUGAUACCGACAUGGAGGUUGAUCGCAAAUUUCUGUUCUGCACCUUUCCGGGCCUCAUGAAGUACGGGGAUGAGUGGGGAGAGCAUUCUGAAAUGAGUAACGUUUUAUUGAAAGCAAGGGUAUGCUCUGGUGCAAGUUGA